GCGGCCGGGCAGCGCCGGUGGGAGCGACCGCGGUGUCCCGGGGAGGGGCCGGCGGCGACGCCCGGGAAAGGUCCCGAGGGGCAGCAGGACCGGGAGGGCUCCUGGUCAUUCCUGUGUCGGGAGCGCCGGGUGCCGCCUCCGCGGCGGCCUGACAUGAGCUCAUCGGCGGCGGCGGCGGCAGCAUGGCCUGUGCCCGGAGGGACGGGGAGGCGGACGGCGAGCCCGACCGCUCCCUGCGGCACAUGCUGCGGGCGAUAGCGGAGGAGCGGAGCCGCGCCGGGCUCCGGCACGACAUCAGCGGCCUCGGGUGUUUCAAAGAUGACCGUAUUGUGUUCUGGACUUGGAUGUUUUCAACCUAUUUCAUGGAGAAGUGGGCCCCCCGGCAGGACGAUAUGCUCUUCUACGUCCGUCGGAAACUGUCCUACGUCGGUGGGGAGAGUGCAGAGGGUAAAAAGCAGGUCGAAGUUGAAGUUUACCGGAGAGAUUCUAAGAAGCUUCCUGGCCUGGGAGACCCCGACAUUGACUGGGAAGAGAGUGUCUACUUGAACCUCAUCCUGCAGAAGCUUGAUUAUGUGGUGACCUGUGCUGUGUGCACACGCUCCGAUGGAGGAGAUAUUCAUAUUCACAAAAAGAAAUCUCAGCAAGUGUUUGCGUCUCCGAGCAAACACCCGAUGGACAGUAAAGGAGAGGAGUCAAAGAUCAGCUACCCCAAUAUAUUCUUCAUGAUUGACAGUUUUGAGGAGGUUUUCAGUGACAUGACUGUGGGAGAAGGAGAAAUGGUGUGUGUGGAGCUAGUGGCCAGUGAUAAAAGCAACACCUUCCAAGGGGUGAUUUUCCAGGGGUCCAUCCGCUAUGAAGCACUCAAGAAGGUCUAUGACAACAGGGUGAGUGUUGCAGCUAAGAUGGCUCAAAGAAUGUCUUUUGGCUUUUAUAAAUACAACAACAUGGAGUUUGUCCGAAUGAAAGGCCCACAGGGAAAAGGACACGCAGAGAUGGCAGUGAGCAGAGUUUCCACUGGUGACACUUCACCAUAUGGGACAGAAGAAGAUUCAAAUCCAGACUCCCCAGUGCAUGAGAGAGUUACUUCUUUCAGCACACCACCAACCCCAGAACGUAACAACCGCCCAUCCUUCUUCUCCCCAUCCCUCAAGAGAAAAGUGCCCCGAAAUCGAAUUGCUGAGAUGAAAAAGUCCCAUUCAGCAAAUGACAGUGAGGAGUUCUUCAGAGAUGAUGAUGGUGGAGAUCUGCACAACGUGACAAAUCUCCGGUCGCGAUCCCUGUCUGGAACAGGACGCUCCCUGGUGGGCUCGUGGCUGAAGCUGAACAGAACAGAUGAGAACUUUCUACUCUAUGCACACUUAACAUACAUCACUUUGCCAUUGCAUCGAAUUUUAACAGAUAUCCUGGAAGUGCGGCAGAAACCAAUCCUGAUGACAUAGCAGAGAGCGGGCACUGCCUUGGAGCCUUGUUGCCAAGUGCCUAUCCACAGCGGUUUUCCGUGCUAACACUACCAUCUAGUGUCAGGAACAUAGACCUCCGCAGGAAAAAGGGAAGUCCAGGAAUACCAGCCAAUCAAAAGUGCCUCUUUCUUCCUUCCUCUGCUGUCACACGCCGAAUGCCCACAUCACUGGAGUGUUUUGGCCGGAAGAGGACUUUCAGCAAGAUAAAAAGAGAAGGGGCUGCGUUUAAACUGAGUCAACACUUUAUGGACAGUUUGCUACUGUUUACUUUCUAACUAAGAAGCCAACAAUAUGUACAGAAUGUGCUAAACUUUAUAUUCUUUGGGAGAAACAUUCUAAGAAUUUCAUAAUGAUGUGCUAUUGGACAUCACUCCAUAGACUCUGGCCAUACCCUCUCCUUGUCUGAUCAGCCGUGUGUGAGUGUGUGUCUGUGUGUGUGUGUGUGUGUGUGAGAGAGAGGGGGAGCAGCUUCCUGCUAAGGGAAGAAAAGGAAAAAUAGACAUUACUGUUUAGGUAUGUGCAGCAGGUCAGGUCAGAGCUUAAAAGAGGCUGAAAAUGUUCCCA